GGCGGGGUGGCGGGCGCCGCGCGGAGGGCGGGUCGGCCCCGGGGAGGCCCGACGGUCCGCGGGGGCCGCAGCUUGCCGACAGGGCGCCCAUGGCGGGCGGGGGCCCCGGGGCCGCGGGCCGGGGGGCGGAGGCCGCCGCGGUGCCCGAGACGCGCGAGUACCUCUUCAAGGUGCUGGUCAUCGGCGAGCUCGGCGUGGGCAAGACCAGCAUCAUCAAGCGCUACGUCCACCAGCUCUUCUCCCAGCACUACCGCGCCACCAUCGGGGUGGACUUCGCCCUCAAGGUCCUCAGCUGGGACAGCAAGACGAUGGUGCGCCUGCAGCUGUGGGACAUCGCGGGGCAGGAGCGGUUUGGCAACAUGACGCGAGUGUACUACAGGGAGGCUGUUGGUGCGUUUGUCGUCUUUGACUUAUCACGAGGCUCCACGUUCGAGGCUAUCCUGAAAUGGAAGACCGACCUGGACAGCAAAGUCCACCUUCCAAAUGGCAGCCCCAUUCCUGCUGUCCUCUUAGCUAACAAAUGUGACCAGAAGAAGGACAGUGGCCAGAGUCCCUCCCAGAUGGACCAGUUCUGCAGGGAACAUGGCUUCAGUGGAUGGUUUGAAACCUCCGCAAGGGAUAACAUAAAUAUAGAUGAAGCAGCCCGGUUCCUAGUGGAGAACAUUCUUUCAAACCACCAAAGCAUUCCUAAUGAAGAAAACGAUGCGGACAGAAUUAAACUGGAUAAGGAAAUCUUGACAGCAGAGAAUAAAUCCCAGUGUUGCUGACAUGGCCUCUCCUUUUCCGGCGCGCAGAAGGCAGCCUAACACUGUUGCUCCACUGGGAGCCAAUUCCUGAGAGAGGAUUAAGGUGGCAUAUGUGAUCCUCUGACUAUUCCCAGGACUGCACCUUAAAAUGAAGACUCUAGCUGUUUUUGUUUCCAGAUCGUAUAAAUCUUUCACCUUUAAAAAAAUGGCAGUGUCAGCGUGCUGGGGGCCUGCGUAGCAUGGGGCCUUCAGUGGGGUGACGCUGCUGGUGGCACCACGGCUCAAUGUGGGACCACUUGGGCAUUCGCUGUGGCUGCAUUGCUGUCCAGGAGAGUGUUUACAUCCUGUUUAAGCUUUUUAAAUGACAGUUCCUCAGGAUUUGAUCAGAUUUCCAAGUUGUAACUUUUAGUGCAAGCACUAGAGUCCCAAUAAAACCUUAUCUGCCGUCUUAAUGGUAAUUUUAUGAGUCUCUGUAUUCCAUGCUCACUUGGGAGGGAGGCUCUUGGACUCUGUUAGCCAUGAGACUGAAGUUCCCACUUAGCAAUAUUUUUUUCCUACUCAGAACUUCAGUACUUCAUGUGAAAUUGUUCUCCUUAAAUAUUACAAUUUAAUCAGUCCUAGUUAGCGUGGCUUGUGGCUAUGCCACUUAAAAACAGUAAAAUCCCCUUCCUAAUGACUCAGGAAGCAUGCACACACUGGUAUUCUGGUUUGGGGUGCUACCAGUUGGAAACAAUAGAAAUGAGCAUAUCAUUUUCUCUCUCCCUAGUUUCUUCUCUCUUCUUCCUGUGUGUUUUGUCUGCAGCUGAAGGCCUGACUGAUAAUUACUGCUGCAGUUCUGUCAGUGGGGUGAGUCUUUUCAAAUCUAUAAUAGUAAUGGUCAAGGAGAGAACUUAUUUCAGAGUUUACACACUUUAUUCUGAGAUUCUGUAGAAUGAAUUGUGAAAGAAACUAGGUCAUGUGGAGUUUUCCGUAGUUUGGGCCAUUCCGUAGAUGACAAACUUAAGGCAGGCUCACAGUAUUUGUAUUAGCAUUUUAACCCAUUUAAGGAAAAGAAUAAAUAUUUUUCCUGAAAUCUUUGUUUUGAAUUAGUGCAGUUGUAGGAAGGUAAUACGGGUACAUUUUCUGCCUUAGAAAGCUUUUUAUCUGUUCACUUUUGCCAUCUAUUUUUAAGGGACUUGAUGUUGUGUGAAAGGUCCAACUUCUUUCAAAGGAAUUUUAAAGGUGUUUAUGACAUAAUCCAAAGCUAAUACAAAAUGAGGCAUUGUCCUUAUUGUUGUGCAUAUCAUCAUGAAUUUGAAAGAUCUCUUCAUUUAUUGAGAACAGAAAAAAAGACUGGCAGAGAAUUGCAUUUGUUCAGGUGUAUUCCAGGAAUAAACAGUUAGCCUGGGCUAUGAAAUGUAGCUUGCUCUUCUCAUUAAACCUAAGCUUUGCCUGGAAA